CAGAUCCGCGCCCUGUUUUGACUGCUAAACGUACACAUAUCAUACAAAUGCGGUAGAUACUAUCAAGUAACUCAGCUCACGAGAGCGCGUCUUCGAAAACGGAUCAAUUAGCCAAAUAGGGAAUGACAGAAGGAGGGACAACAAAGGAAAAGCAUACAGCUGUGCAUAUAGAAUCAGGGCAAAAGGCAAAAGCUUCUGACGCUGCCUCCGGAGCCUCGAGAAGGACCAUGGGCGCUGGAGCUGCUGCUGCGUGCCCAGGCUCCACCGCCUCGCUCAGCAGCGUGCUGCCCAAGUGGUGGCGCCUGGUGACAAUCUGGUUCACAGGCGAGGCGCGCUGGGUGGCUCGCGGCUACGCUGCGGCGGUGAUCUGCCUGGCGCUGGUCACCACCCUGUUCUCGGUGCACAUCUCGUACGCCCAGAGGGACUUCAGCACGGCGCUGUCCGGCAAGGACGUACCCGGCUUCUAUGCCGCGGUGCGCAAGUUCGUGGUGAUCAUCUUCAUUGCCGCGCCGCUGUUCAGCUUCACGUCCUGGGUGGAGGAGCGGCUGGUGCUGUCCUGGCGCGCCCACCUCACGCGCCUGCUCACACGCAAGUACUUCGCACACAGGGCCUUCUACCACAUCCGCCAGCGCGGCGACGCCCUUGACGGCUCCUCCGCCACCGCGGCCGGCGGCAGUAGCGGCGGAGUCGGCGGCAGUAGCAGCGCCGGCAUCGGCAGUAGCAGUGCCGGCUCGGGCGGCGCGGCGGGCGGCAUCGACAACCCCGACCAGCGCAUCUGUGAUGACGUGGCCUCGUUCGUGCGGUCCAGCGUGUCGUUGUCGCUGACCAUAUGCCGCAAGAUAUUCAGCUGCGUGGCAUUUGCGGGUGUGCUGUGGGGCGUGAGCGGCAGCCUGGUGGUGUUCAUGUUCAUGUACGCGGGCGUGGGCACCUUCGUCACCACCGCCAUGUUCGGGCGGGUGCUCACCAGCCUGUACUACAGGCAGCUGGCUCGCGAGGCCGACCUGCGCUUCAGCCUAGUGCGCGUGCGGGAGAACGCCGAGAGCAUCGCCUUCUACAAGGGCGAGGCGGGCGAGCGUGUGCGUGUGCUGUCGCGGCUGGGCGGCGUGCUGGGUGUGGCGUACGAGCGGGUGCGGUGGUCGGCGCUGUACGACCUGUGGACCAGUGUGUACAGCUACGCCACCAUACUGGUGCCCUCGCUGCUCACGGCGCCGCGCUACUUCAAGGGCGAGAUCGAGUUCGGCGUGAUCAGCCAGGCCUCCUUCGCCUUCAGCCGCAUCGACGCCGCGCUGUCCAUCAUCAUCAACAACCUGGCGCAGAUAUCCGGACUGGCGGCCGAGACGGAGCGCCUGCAUGACCUGGUGGCGGCCAUGGACGCGGCGGCGGCGGCGGCGGCGGCCACCGGCCUGCCCAGCAGCGGCAGCGAGGGGGGCGGCUCUGCGGCGGCUGCUGCUGCUGCUGCCAGCGCGGCGGCGGUGGCGCUGCUGUCCACGGCGGGCGGCGGCGAGGUCAUUGCGCGGCGGGCGGCGGCGGGGCUGCGCGGCCUGGUGCUGAGGCAGCUGCGGGUGGUGACGCCGGGCGGCGGCGGCGGCGGCGGCUCCAGGGUGCUCACGGCGGGGCUGUCGCUCAGCCUGGAACCGGGCCAGUCGCUGCUGAUCGUGGGCCCCAGCGGCUGCGGCAAGUCCUCCCUGCUGCGGGCCAUCGCCGGGCUGUGGGUGGCGGGCGGCGGCACCGUGCUGCUGCCCGGAGGCCCCGCAAACACCGCCGCGACAGCCGACGACGAGGCGGCGGCGGCGGCGGCGGGCGCCAACAACAACAACAGCAGCGGCAGUGCUAGCAGUGCUAGCAGUGGCAGUGGCGGCGGCGGUGUGUUCUUCCUGCCGCAGAAGCCCUUCAUGCCGCUGGGCGACCUGCGCACACAGCUCACCUUCCCGAGCGGGGUGGACAUGGCGGCGGUGACGGCGGUGGCGGUGGAGGACGGGACCGCACCAGCCGGCGCCGCGCCCCCCGCCACCACCACCACCACCACGCGGCCCGCGGCCCCCGGCAGCCAGGGCCAAGGCCAGGGCGAGGAGGGCGAUGAGGAGCGCGCCCCGCUGCUGCUCAGCCACGUCACCACCACUGCUGCUGCCGCUGCAGCCGGCGGAGGGGGCGGAGGCGGCGGCGGCCACAUGGCCGCCUCCAUAUCUCUGGUGGCGCUGCAGUCGGGGGCGGGUGGCGGCGGCGGCGGCAGCGGCGGCGGCGGCUCUGUGAGCGAUGAAGAGCUGUUGGCGCUGUUGGAUGACGUGUGCCUGCCCGACCUGGUCGCACGGGUGGGCGGGCUGGAUGUGGAGCUGGACUGGAGCAGUGUGCUGAGUGUGGGCGAGCAGCAGCGGCUGGCGGUGCUGCGGCUGCUGGCGGCGCGGCCCUGCCUGGCGUUCAUGGACGAGGCGACGUCGGCUCUGGACGGCCCCACCGAGAGCCGCCUGUACUCGCUGAUCCGCAAGCGUGUGCCCUGCUACGUGUCUGUGGGCCACCGCCUGGCGCUGCUGCAGCACCACACCCACGUGCUGGAGUGCCUCAGCGGCGACGGCGCCGGCGGCGGCGGCGAGGGCCAGUGGCGCGUCUGCACAGCAGCAGAGUACCAGCGCCGCGCCGGGGCAGGGGGCGGCGGAGGCGGAGGCGCGCAGCAGCACCACCACCACUGAGGGGCAGGGAGGGAGGCAGGCAGGCAGGGAGGGUGGGAGGGAGGGAGGGAGGCAGGGUGGGAGGGAGGGAGGCAGCGGGUGGAGGCCCGGCGGGCGCGGGAGGUGUGUGUCCUGCGGGACCCAUUGAUCCAUUUACCCAGCAGUGAUGCCGGUGUGAUUCGGGAGUGUGGAGGUGUGGAUGGAGGUGGAGGAAUGUGGCAGCAUAUGUGCUUGCCUUGAAUAUCUUGCUUGCGGAAGGGUUGGCGGGUCUGCGGAAGAAGGCGGCGAGCAGGGGACGUAUCAAUUAGCGUUUGGAGUGCACAUGAUGAAGCCCCCCGGGGGCGGGGGCGUGGCGUGUGUGUUUGGUGCAUGGGGCCCAUGCGUGGCCCGGGCUGCCAUGAGUGGCCGGGCAAGUACCGGGGAUUCCCGGGGCGCGGCGUGGCGCUCGCUACUUUGUGAGUUUGCUUGUGUCAGUCCCGAUGACGCCGUCGUCGUCCCUCAUCGCUCCUCCUGCGUGGCCACACAGCGGUUCCGGUUAGC